GGUAGCUCACUAACUUCCACGCUAUAGAACUUGAAUGUACGAAGUGAGCAUGUUGCUAGUGUGUAUAAGCUGAUCUUUGAAGUGACCGUUUCUUAGACGUUCGAUAACAAUCCACGAAGUCCAGCCUCUUCGAAAUCUAUCCACAUAAGACGGAAAACCAAUUACUGUAUGCUAGAGAUGGGCCUCGCAGUUGAACCUUAAUGAUCACAUGGACUGAUGAAUCCACAGUCAUGCUGCGUUAAAGCCACUAUGCAUUUAUACCUCAUGAUUGCAGUAGGGUAUGCCAGGUGAAUGGACCAACGCGGGGAAGUUUUGGACACCUUCCAGGCUUUAGUUGUUGAGAUAGAUUGUCUUUUUUCUCUACUACGACGCUAGUCCACCAUGUUUCCUACUAACCGAUCAACAUGAAUUCCACAUAUCUCCAAUAACUCUUACCCAAACCUCCCCAUUUCACGAGACACUGAUCAACACCGCAAAAUUCAAGCUGUGCGGAUUCCAUGUUAACAAUCAUUCGAACCUGUGUUUCCAUUCCUCAGUGUAAAGCCCGGAGCACUCAGCCACGUUUCAUAGUACCUUCGCCAAAGAUGGUAGUUGUCCUCUAUCGUCAAUACCAGGGCGAUUUAACGGAUCUCGAAACAAAUAAAUUUCCCGAAAAUGAUGGCAUUACUUCAAGCGAGGGCUUCAAAGUUCCACUGAGCAUUUCUUUGAGCAUUAUAGGGGCGCUCCUGCUUAUAUGUGGUCUGAUACACUACGUCACUGUCCGCGGAAGAGUUAGCGAAAAUAAUGGUCCGCGAGGUGAGACGCGAAUCCUAACGGCGCUUCGCCGAGAGGUAGCGCACUCGACGUUUGGGAAUUGGCAGAGUGGAAACAUAGCCAAUAAAGUAACCAUUGACUUUACUUCUCCUUUGUGUGCAAUUUGCCUCGAGGUCAUUAAGACUAAUGAUACCAUAUAUCACUUGCGUUGCGACCACUUAUACCAUCAACAAUGUAUGGAAGAAUGGGUAACGACUAUGCACCCCUCUUGCCCUUUAUGCCGUCAAUCGAUUUAUGCUACAAAAGCACAGAGGCAUCGCACGGACUGCGUGCAUCACUCGCGCCGCAGAGGUUGGCGGUGCUUUGAUAAGGGUAGAGGAAUUUAUCAUACCGAUGUAGACGGAAUUGUCAGGGCAAACUCGGCUGGAAAAAAGAUUUUUAAAAAAAAAAAAGAAAAAAAAGACAUUGAUAUUUCUAUCCCAUGCACUUCAUAUGGGUUACAAGACAAGAGACGAAGGAGCAAGAGAGUAUAGUAUAUAACAUUAAGAUCUCCGCGUUAUUAUUAUCAAAAAUAUAAUUCCAUUAGUUUCCGAUUCCAUUUUAUAGCAUC